AUCACUGCCACGUAGAGGACCAACUCCUGCUGCUGCUGCACAGUUGUCAGAAACUUAGCAGCUGUCUGUUUGUCGUUUCUCCUGGAGGUGACUGUGUUAGCAUGCUGCUGGCGGUGCUUAGCUGGUUCUGCUCUUCCCUGCUGCUGUCUGUCAGCGGGGGGAAGGUGCCUGAAUCUGAGGUGCAGAUAGAGGUUCUGUACAGACCUUUCCUCUGUCACAGAAAGUCCAAGUAUGGAGACAUUCUGCUGGUGCACCAUGAGGGAUACUUCGAGAACGGGACCCUGUUUCACUCCAGUCGAAAUGAAGGUGACAAGCAGCCAAUAUGGUUCACACUGGGCAUCAAAGAGGCGAUCAAAGGCUGGGAUAAAGGUCUACAGGACAUGUGCUCUGGAGAGAAGAGAAAACUGGUCAUCCCUCCUGCACUGGCCUAUGGGAAGGAAGGAAAAGGUAAGAUCCCACCUGAAAGCACACUGACCUUCAUCGUUGAGGUGCUGGAGAUCAGAAAUGGACCGAGGUCGCAUGAUUCCUUCCAGGAGAUGGACCUCAACGACGACUGGAGGCUCUCCAAGCAAGAGGUGAAAGAAUAUCUGCGCAAGGAGUUUGAGCGUCACGGUUACCCCCCCAACGACACUCUCCAUGAGAACAUGGUGGCGGAUAUCUUUGCCAAGGAGGAUACGAACAAGGACGGCUUUAUAUCCUCCAGAGAGUUCACUUACAAACACGAUGAACUGUAAAAUCCCACAAAGCACUCCGUUGUGGUAUAUGGUGGAAACACUUUGGUGCUGAGUUGUUUUUUGUUUUUUUUAAUUUUGCAAAGACUUUCUCAGGUUAUCUGAAAGCAUUUAAAUUUUAUAGAAGCAUCAUGUUUGUGUGAUGUAUGGCACUUGAGCCCUUCCUGUGUGAAGCUGUGAGUUUGUGUAGCUGGUACUUUUAGUGAAUGCUUUAUUUUUGUGGGGGGGGGUUUAUUUGUAAAAAGGUAAACCAAUAAAUUUGCACCUUGUAACCUUUGAA